CGUUAUCGACACCUCUGGUUUACACUCAGAGUUCUUCAAAUCACUCUUUAAGCUCCACAACCCCAUUCUUGCUUAACUUUCGUCUUCAACAUUAGGAUGGAUUUCUAUAAGCUUUUGCUCUUGUUCUUGAUGUUUGUCUUGACUCUUGCUCAAGAUACUGUUCCCCUCUCUGCUGUCUCCGCCGGUGCUCUUACCACCGCGGAAACUAUUGCUGGCUCGUUUGGCUCAGACCUAUCCUCCAUGGUUGACACUCUCUCCCAUCCCUCUGUAUCCACUGGUGCUGGCGAUUUUGUCGACCUGGAACGGGCAAAAUCAACCGUAUACUCUACUUCCAUCGUAUACGUCUCUUACACCAACGUCGUCGCUACUACUAUCCUGCCUCAGGGCACAAGCACUGCUGUAGUCACUCUUAACAUCACUUCUACUGCUUCUCUCACCUCUACAAUCUUAUCAACUGAACUCUCUAUAACCACUGCCGUUGCAACCACGGCUCUCUUAACGUCCACAAUUUUGACAACAGAGAUAUUCUCAACCACUGCCAUUACAACGAUCUCAACUCUAUCCACGACUCUUGCCACUGGCUUCUGCCACCUUUUUGCCCAGAAUGCCUUGACUCCCUGCAUUACUGGCGUUAUAGCCUCUACUACAUCAUCCGCUCCACCUAUAUCCCCGACUUCAACCUCCUCCCCCGCGAUUCGCAAUAAACCUAAUGGUCUAUUCAGAUCUCCCAGAUUCCUAAAGCGUCGUACCGUCGGAUCUCAUCAGCAUGAGAAGCGAGACCCGGGAUGCAGUGCCUGGCAGGCCUCUAUCGUAAUCACUGCCUUCUUCAUUGCGUUUACCUUAGUCUCGAUCCUCUGCUUCGCGACAAUCCUUCGGGAGAAGAGGGAGGAACCGUCGCGGAUUCAUGCCUACAAAUGGUGGGUGUAUGCCGCGCAAGCUGCUUUCUUGGGGCUACUGAUUUGGUUGCUUAUCUGGUCGGCUAUGGCGACGGUGAGAAAUGGAUGUAAUUGA